ACACGCACACACACCAACGCCAGGAUUUUCCCAGAAACUGAGGCGCAACCCCCACGAAACGGAAAGUUUGUGCAGCGGCAGAACGAACUGUGUUUGUGGCACUCGAAUUUGGGACACAUUCCUGUAAAGGACGCAGCUCCGGUCAGCUGCUACUCCAAAUCGCAAAAAACAAGGAGUCACAAAAAACGCGCGCGGUGCACUUAGCACUUAAAAAUAUGAAAGUGAAAAUACGGAAAUAGGAAAACUGAAAAGUAUCUCAAAUAGUAUAUCACUGUUUUCAACCCCCAAACACAAGUGAAAUAAACUCUACGAAUAACUAGUGUGUUAGUAAAAUAAAGGACUAUAAGGGAUAACAAAUGAUAGUGAAAGAUACAAUAUCUUUUUGGAAAAGCGAAAGCUAUAUGCUGCCGUUUGCCAAAUAUUGAUUUGCCAGAGCGCCGCUGAAAAAUCGAUUAUUAAAGCCACUUUCCACACACACAGCUGGUGGUUGUUGUUGUUGCAAGGAUGGAGGUGGCUGCCGAGUUGGUGGUUGCAUAGGGUUGCGUGCCGCAAUGUGGGAAAUCAACAGCAACAUUGCCACAUCCACAGCCACAUCUAUGCCCACAUCCACAUCCAGAUCCCGAGGCACACUUCCAACUGUUUUGACGUGGUCGGGUUCCAAUGGCGCUGGCAAAGGCGAAUGCUGCAGCGCAGCCUUGCAGCCAUCCAGCGGCGACGCGUUGCAUGUGCAGCAGCAGCAGGAGCAGCAGCAACAGCAGCAGCAGCAACAACAGCAACAGCAGCAACAACCGCAGCAGCAGGAUACGAAAACGAGGAUGACAACGGUCGGAAGCGGAGGACAAAGAUACAGAAACAGGCACAGUCACCAAAACACAGCAACAAUUGCUGCAAAAUAGUUAUUGAAAAAUCAAAUAAGCUAAAGCCAUAAGAAAGACUAACCAAAAUGUACUCAAAAUCCAAAGCAUUAAACUGAAACUCAAACGCAAACUCUAGCCAUCGCACAAAGUUACGUUUAGUAUACGACGCGUUCCAGCUGCAAAACGAACCCAAAAACGAAACCGAACGAAACGAAACGCACAGGUGCAUCUGCAGACCCCGCUACGCCCCUGAAAAGCCCCCUUUCGAACCGCUCCCCCCUCAUUUAACGACCCUUCUUGAGGGGUAUCUACACCAAUUGACAAGCAAUCGAGGCAAAUGCAGAAUGAAUGAACUUGUUUAGUCGUCGACAAUUUUUUAAGUGCACUUUCGUAAGGCUGAUUUUCAAAUUUAUUUCGAUGUUGUGCUUCUACACCUUAUAAAAAAAGAAGAAAAUUAAAUAAAUAAGGGAGUAUACAAAGCAAUCAACCCAAGUGAAAGUGUGUGAGAGAGUGUUCAGUGUUUAGAGUUCUAAGACUUGGACCUUUGAGAUAAAUUCGGUGAAGAAACGGCCGCCACAACGGAUAGGCCGCGAGAUCUCCUGCUGAUACAGCAGGCCAAGUCCGCCGGCGGCAGCAAAUCGUCCAGCGGCGG